AUGGUUAAUAUGGCGAACGAGGAUGAUCAGACGAUUGCCGAUAUUCAUAAAUGGCUUCCGUUUGUAAAACAGAAGUCCGACAAUCUGAUUAGAGAAUCAUCAGCAGCAGGAACUUUGCUGAAUGCAAACAGCCUCAAGAGCCUCGUGCAGCAGAGCUUGCCGAAUAAUGCAGGUAGCUCUGUCCAGCUGACUGUCGAAUGGGUCUGCUUUUUAAAUUCCUACCUUAGGCAGAUCGACUAUACAACAAUUUCAUCAGAAGCGAAAUCUUUGUGGCAGUAUGUGGUGAGUCUCUGUGUUUCAUUCUUUGGAAAGGCCAAUUUGCGUGUCUUGUACUCUUGUCCGGAGCUGGCGGGCUUGUUCAACGAGUUCAUCACUCACUUUGUGCAUCUAAACAGCGAUCUCACCUCAAAAUGCUUGCUUGACAUGGCCAAAGACUACCUCAAGCUUAAUACUGGGUGCUUGAACUACCUCGAGUACCUUACGGUCGAUCGACUUUCUGCCGAGAAGCGGUUCCAGGAUAUCGUCGCACUCUGCACUGGGCCUGGCGAGGGAGCCGGGUCGCUGCUUGAGUUUGCGUCGAUCGACGCGUCGUCGCUCACCCGGAAGCGUGUUCUGCGUCUGUUUGUGAACUGUGCGAAGUCAUUGUUUGUUGCUCAUCAAUAUCGUGCAGCGCACGAAACCCUUGAGAUCGUGUUUAAUUUGCCCGUCACAUUAUCGCAGGAUGGAGAAAUAUCGGAGAUUGUUUCCCUUUACGUGCUUACUGUGAUCUUAUUGGACAAGAAGCAGUGCAAUGUGGAUCCAUACCUGAUAAAAUUUGCGUCUGCAGUGCCGCCAAACCUCCUGAAGAUGUUUCAGUGCUACUAUAGCUGCCGGUUUGAGCAGUUUGUGAGGCUCAUACUUCUUGAAUAUACGCAAAGAAGUGAGGCAUUUGGGGAAGAAGAGUAUCUGUUCACAAAACGUGUUGUGGCGCGAUUACUCGGUAAUAUGUGCAGGAAAAAGAAUGCUGGCAUUUUGGGAAAGCGGGAAAAUGUUUCUGGUGAUGAGUUGAAGCGGGUUGAUGCAGUUUGCAGGCUAGAUCCGGUUGUCCGCCCGCUGGGAAUAGAUAUAAGAGCGGAGAAGUAUUACCAGAGUGGUCCAUCUGCAAAUGAGAUACAGGAUGAGUUGCAGGAGUUGGUGAGGUGGAACGGGGAGUUAAGUAAGCAGAGGCGUGAUUGA